CGCAUCGCUCGCAGCACUGAUGGCCAGCUUCGUCGACAUCUUCCGCGCGUCGGCGCCGUUCGCAGCCAUUAUCACGAGCUUCCAAGAUGGCCUGUAUGAAGAUGUUGCCGCGUACGUUGCUACGUUUCGCCGCCACGCGUGCGAGCAUCCGCGCAGCACCAAGCAGCGACCGCUCGCGCACGAAGCGACCAUCUACCCGAGCCGCCUCCUGCCCCGCGCGUCGCUUCUUGACAUGGACUGCGUCGACCUCUUUUUACACACGGGUGACAUUGGUCGGCAAGCGUUUGCAGCGCCGAUCCACUUUGCUGUCGCGAUGGGCCAUGUUGAGAUCGUGCUUCGGGCACUGGCCUGUCGCCGACUCUCGGUCGACCUCAUUGCGUGCGCACUGGCCAACGGCCAUGUGGAUCUGGCCAAGCACUUGCUGGCGAACAUGGACAGCUUGGACGCGACCCGCGUGCCCCGCUCGCGGACGACCACGGUCGAGGCGCGCGUGGCGGCCCGCGAUGCCCCCGAGCUCUUUUUGCUGCUGAAAGCCUUUGCGCCCAAGAUCGACUGGGUCAACGCUCUCGCGAGCGCGAUUCAAACCCGCGCCGCCAGCGCGGCCAUGUACAUCUACACGCAGCAGGGGGCGGCGGCGGUGGACGCGACGACGAUGGACACUGUGUGCACGAUGGGCCUUCUGGCGCUGGCCACGCAGAUGCAUCUCGACGGCCAGCGCUGCUCCGCGAACGCGAUGAACGGCGCGGCCAUCAACGGCCAUCUCGAAAUGGUUAUGUUUCUGCACGAGCAUCGCCAGGAGGGUUGUUUUCCCCACACGAUCGCCCGCGUCGCCGCGCAAGGGCAUGUCGACGUGCUAGCCUACCUGGUGACCCACGUGGUGCCCCACGCUGCGCGCUUCUACGCCCUCGCCGUCGACAGUGCUAGCAGCUUCGCGGCGCUGCAGAUUCUGGAGGCGGCGGUGCCCGGGCGCGUCUCACUACAAACGCUCGCAUCCGCGCUCGAGAGUGGCUCGCUCGACUAUGUCGCGCAUCUCUUGCAGACGUACCACAUCGUGUUUCGCGCGGCCUUGUCGGCGCGUGCCGGCCUCGUAGAGUGGCUCUUCAUCAAAGCGUGUGGUCCCCACGGGUCCAUGGCGCUUCUGCAGCUGCUCGAUGACUAUUGCACGAGUCUGUCGCUGGUGCCGUCGCACACGUCAACCAAGAAGAACGCAGUGCACGUCGCGCUCUCGUUUGGUCAUGCCGACAUGGCGGCCUACCUCUCAACCCGUGGCUACCACUGGCGCCAAAGUGCAUUUGACGACGAGACCAAGGCAGCGGUCUGCGGCCACGCCAAUGCGGCCGCGAGCGUGGCCUUUCUCCUUCAGCAACGCGUCGCGAUGGACAGCGACUGGGCCAACGCGGCGUGUCGGUACGGGUCCUGGCUCGGUGUCGCGGAAUGUGUCGUGGCGGCGGCGACCUCGCCCGUGUCGAUGCAGUGGCUUCUGCACGCGGCCCGGGGCGCCGCCACCGACCGCCACUGA